ACAAAAACGAGAAAAUAUAUUCCCAAGCGUAAACUUUUAAACCCAAAGGAAGAAAUAUCGAUCAUACUGGUAUUAAAAAACGACUAAGUGAUAGGGAAGAAAUUAAAAGGCGACGCCUAAAUACCAUAUGUAUAGAUAUGUAUAUGCAUGUAGUGCAAAUAUUCCUAUUUAUAAAUCUAAUUUUUCUUUCAGGCUUACCAACGACGGGUCAAUCUCCGAUUAAUCUAGACGAUCGUUUAGUACGAAAACGCAAAUAUCCUCCGCUUGUCUUAAAUGGUCACUGGUUAAACGAUGGAGAAGCACGACUGUUAAACACCGGAACUACAGCAAAAAUAUGGUUAACUGGAAAUAGAAUCCCAUCGACAAUUUGUGGCGGACCGCUUUCGGAUGACAUAUACGAGUUAAUGGAUGUGCAUUUUCACUGGGGCGAAGACAAUUGCAAAGGUGCCGAGCACACGAUCAACGACACUUGGUAUUCGAUGGAAAGUCACGCGGUACACUGGAACAGAAAAUAUGUAACCGUGGAAGAAUGUUUCAGACAUAAGGACGGAUUCUGCAUUUUGGCAUACCUAUUUCUAGUCCAACCAGAUUGUUGCAAUUGCAUUAAUCCGCAAUUGGAAAGGAUAACGGAGCACUUGAAGUAUAUUCUAGAUCCAGACAUGGAAACGAAAAUACCACCUAACUGUUUAGCAUGGAUGCGCUGGUCAACGUAUUGCACUAGAUACUAUACCUAUGCAGGAUCGUACAAUAUCGGUGAAUAUCCAGAGUGCGCUACUUGGAUCGUAUUUCCCGUAGUUAUACCUAUACGAGCCAGCGAGAUAAAAGAGUUUCGAAGACUGAGAGAUAGAGAUGGAAACGACAUAAAGACAAACUGGCGAGAAAUACAAUUACUGAGAUGCAGGCAAAUCUUUUUAGCAAUCUCUUAAGUUAAUUUCAAGUCACGAUCGUUCUGUGUCUGUCUUUUUCUGGUACAUUCUGGUAAAAUAUACGAGGAAACAGUGAAUCGUUGUUAUUUCUAUUAAAUAACUUUAUUUAUCACGUUCG